UGAAGACAACAAAUCCAGAGUGAGGACACUUGCUUGCAGGGAGCCCUUGCGGACCACAGCUGUGCGUGCACCUGUAGCAAGCCCUAUACAGGCUGCAGCUUCUUCUUUCAAACUUCUGUAGCUGUUGGGAACAGGCGACUUCUGGGCAGAUGGAAGAGCGCGUCUGACAGCAUGUGCACUGCAUUCUGGCUGAUGCGACGAAGAUUGCGCAGCUUGGUGCGUUCCUCACAUACAUGUCAGAGUACUCUGGAGGCCAUAAAAGCAUGGGUUUCUUUGUCAAGGGUCAGGGACCCCUUAUGGAUGUUUAGUCCGCUCGUCUGGACGAUAAGUUUAUACAGUCCUGUUUAUGGAAGUUGUAAAGGAGUUUUACGGGAUAAGAGGCGCUCCAAAGAAAUGAAGGUUUGCUAGGGUGAGCUGGCAAACCUUCCGAGAAUUCAAAUGCAUCACCGCAAUCACAGCAACGCUGCAUUAUUGCAUUCGCUCUUGUAUUGUAUUGAAGACACUUCAAGGAUGGCAGUGCUUCAUAUGACAUGAGACUUUGGGGACGACGGUUGUGCAUAGCAUUGGCAGUUUUCGGAGAAGAAUCUGAGCAUGGGGUUUUCUGAAGGGUGCGCAGUCAAACUUCAGUGACUCCGUCGCAGGUCAUUAAAACCGACUUUACGGAGCUCAUCUUUUGGCAGAGGAGGUUCACCCAGCUUAGCUCAGAAGCGACCUCAGGUUUGCACACGCAUCUGAACCAGGCAGACAUUGUCAGCCCCGCCAGCCCAACACCUUUGUCCGCGAUGGAUUCAAGGGGAUCCCUUCCUUGCGCAGUUCCAUGGAGGACCAGCCCAUAGCACGUUUCUGAACCCGACGCUCACAAUUUGCUGCUAUGGCCGAAAAGGGGGGAAUGGGCCGCGCCUGCUAUGCUGCAGGGGGGUGCCCAACUGACUACAUUGCAGUCGUCUUGACUGGGGUAACUUGCCUGUGGCUGCUCGUGACCUCUGCCUUUGUCUUCUACCACCGCCACUUUCCUCCGCUGCGGGCAAAGCAUGUGCCUCUUGUGACGGUGGGGGCGGCCAGCAGUGUGUGCUGGCUGAUCGCAAUGGUGGUCUCGCAGGGGCUGUUCAAAGUCCCUGGAGGCAGCUUUUGGGACUCUUGCUCGCUCUGGAAAGUCUGGCUGGGGGGACUGCUCGGCUUCGGGCUGUGGAUCAGCUGCCACGUGGCACGGGGGUUCCGGCUCUACUUUGUGUUCGUCCGGAAGCACUAUCCGCCGCUAUCGCCGUUCUGGGUCGUUACGCUUCUACUCCUCCCCUGGCUGGCGAUCGCCCUCGCCUUCGAGUUGGGCGGCGCACUGGAUAACGAGUCCGGCCGCUGCACCGCGCCGCUGGGGUGGUACGUUGUGCUGGCGGCAAUCCACGGGGUCUACGUGUUGCUGUUUCUGGGCGCCACGUUGUCGGUGCGGGGGAUCCACUUCAUGUUCAACGAGUACCGAGACCAGAAGCGAACGGCGGCCGUGAUUGUGUGCUUCGCUGGCAUCUGGCUGAUCCUGUGGACCGCAAAGCGCAUCGCCGGCGAUUCGGCGCGGCAGCUGCAGGUCGCAGUGCGCUUCACUCUCAUUGUCGCUGCCGACGUGGCCGCCCUGCUCUUCUCCUGGGUCCCCGUCCAAGCCCCCGUGCGGCGGCUCCUUCGGCCAGGUGGCGGUGUAAAUACGCCACUUGCGGCGGCAGGAGACCACACCGCCCUGACUAUGGGGCCUAUUCUCACCGCGAAGGCGCUUGAGGCGGAGGGGCUGGAGACACUGCUCGGGUUCCCGCGAUUCCUGCAGGCCUUCAAAGAGUUUGCCGACAGUCGCCUUGCGGGAGAGUGCGUCCAUUUCUUCGAGGCCGUCGAGCGGCGGCUAGACGCGGGACACGUGGCCUCCCCAGAGGCGCGCAUCUACGCCGCGGAUGACGUCAUCGCGAAGUACGUGCGCGCGGGGGCGCCCCUGCAGAUCAACAUCUCGGCGGCCAUGCGGGCCAAGAUCCUGCGGCGCAACGAUCUGGCUGCGGAGGACCUCUUCCGGGAAGCGCGGAGAGAGGCGCUGAGCAUCAUGCAGACGAACUUGGAGAAGGACUUCUACAAGUCCCCGCAGUUCGCGGCGCUGAAGGCGGCGCUGGUUCAGGAGGCCGGCGAGUCCGCCCAGCUGCGCCUGAUGGGCAUCUCCGAAGUUUCCACCUUCGCACAGCUCGCGCGCUUGAGCCCCCCCUCGAAACGCCCGCCGAUCCACCCCCCCGGAGCGACCGAAUCGGAAGCCCCUGACAUUUACCAGGAAGAGGAGAAAGCUCAGGGUAUCGAGGUUAAGGACUUUGAAGCGGUGGGAACGAGUUUCGAAGAAGAGAGUUCUGGAGGGAGUAGUGGUAGAAAACGGCUGUCGGGUCCUUUAGCGGAACAUCCGAACGAGGCGGGUUUGGUCGGCGCCGCGGGAAGCUCUAGACGUUCCGAGGAGGCGGGAGCUCUUACCGUGCAGCCACUUGUCUCGCAGAAUUCCGGUGGUUCCGGUGAUGAGCCGUUGUUGCACCGGAAUCAGCCCCCGGAACCCUUACGGACCUCGUACGAAGGAUUUAUCACCCAUCCAGAUCGUGUUGUCAAAAGCGGUGGGGAUCUGGACACCGCAGAACGAUCGAGGCGGCACACGAGCCCCGUUGAAAGUAACGGAGAGCGCUUGGUUCGUCCCCGGCGUUACAGCGAUCCGGUUUCGGCUAGUGUCAGCCCUAGAGAAAGGAGCGGCGCUUCGCCGUCGAUUGUGCGAUUAGCAAGCAGACUGGCGGCUGAAACAGUCGCGUCGGUAACGGGGGCUCGUCACGGCAGCGCGGGUUUGCGAGAAGAAGAGGAAAGGCAGAUGGAAGACACGUUGCUAUGAUUUUCUGAUUGCCAUAAUCGCAAAAAAGUGCGAGUAACCGCGUCACGCCCAAUUCAGCAGUGAACAUUGUGUAAAUGGAUCAGCAACAGAGCUAGGGUGAUGUUAUAGACGGUCUGUCACCAAAAAGGCUUGGUCGUCCCGACUGCAUGCUGCAAAGCAAUCUUCUCG